CCUAACCCAACACUAUCCCCUAGAAGAAGAGAGAAACCCAAUCCCCCCUCCUAACCUAUCCUUUUCCUCUUCACUCCUCCCAAACUCUCAACAACAACAGCUUCUCCCUAAAAGAUGGUAACUUGUUCAGCUGAGAAUUGGGUGGAUGACACCAUAAAUCCACUCAUUCUCUCCUUUCUCUUCAAGGGCUAUACUGAUUGAUUAUUAGCUCAUUAAACUAGAUAAAGCAACAAGAAAGCAAGAAAAGGGAGACACCCAGAAGUCUUGUUAUUGUUUAUUCCCCACUUUUUUUUUUCUUUUUCAAAAUUACACAAGCUUUACUCCUUCUUUGUCUUUCCAUUAAUUUCUUGGGCUUCUGUCUGUGCAAGAAAGUUUGAGGGUUUUUGACAAGGUCAAACAAGUAAUAUGGAUCAUGGCCAUUCUCUUCCCCCUCCUUUCCACACAAGAGAUCUCCAUCUACACCACCACCAACAGCAGCAGCAGCAAUUUCACCACCAACAACAGCAGAAUUCAGAAGAUGAGCAAAGCGGCAGCAGCGGCCUUAACCGCCCCCAGAAGCGCGAUCGCGAUGAAAACAACAGCAGCAGCAACAACGAAGGCAACGAGCUCGUCAUGGGCUCCGGCGGGGAAGGAGAGAUCACUAGAAGACCUCGCGGUAGGCCGGCCGGAUCCAAGAACAAGCCGAAGCCGCCGAUCAUCAUCACCCGUGACAGCGCCAAUGCUCUUCGCACCCAUGUGAUGGAAAUUGGUGAUGGGUGUGAUAUCGUUGAGAGUGUUGCUAACUUUGCCAGAAGACGCCAGAGAGGUGUGUGCAUAAUGAGUGGAACAGGCACAGUCACUAAUGUCACUCUCCGGCAGCCGGCCACGCCCGGUGCAAUCGUGACUCUACACGGCCGAUUCGAGAUCUUAUCUCUCGCCGGAUCCUUCUUACCGCCACCAGCACCACCAGCCGCGACUGGCUUGACUAUAUACUUAGCAGGUGGACAAGGCCAGGUAGUCGGGGGAAGCGUGGUCGGGACCCUAAUUGCAGCCGGCCCGGUUGUGAUCAUGGCAGCCUCGUUUAGCAACGCCGCAUAUGAAAGGCUUCCGCUAGAAGAGGAGGAGACGCAGCUGCCAAUGCAACCGGGCACAAUUGGGUCCCCGGGUGCGGUCAGUCAACAACAGCAACAACAGCAGCAACAGCAACAACUCUUGGGAGACGCAAAUGCGCCUCUAUUUCAUGGCCUACCUCCUAAUCUUCUCAACUCUAUUCAAUUGCCAGCUGAGGCAUACUGGAAUACUGGUCGCCCGCCAUACUGACAAACAUCAUGGGAAGGCCAUACCAGGUUUCUCACUUGCAACGUUUGUAGCUAGGAAAGUUUGGUUGUCAAGCAUUUGUCUUGUUAGUUUUUUCUUUUCUUUUUCCUUUUUUUUUUGGUUUCGAGUUUGAUGAUUAGAUGGAUGUGUUUACACGUUGAUUGACGGGCUGUGUAAAUUCAUGGAUUAUUGGAGUGAGUUUGAUGGUAUUCAAAUAACAGCUUAUUCACUAGCUUGU